AUGGCAGGGCCUCGAGUCGCAUGGAUAGGUCUCGGCAACAUCGGCCGAGGCAUGAGCCAAAACAUCGCCGAAAAAGGACCCCAAACCGGCCCCCUCCUCCUCUACAACCGCACAACCGCACGAGCAACCGCCCACGCCUCGAAACUCCCAAACGCCAAAGCCGUAACUACCCUCCCGGAAGCAGUAAACCAAUCCGACCUGAUCUUCACCUGCGUCGGCGACGACGCCGCCCUGGACUCAAUCGUCACGGCAAUCCUAUCGGACCCUACAAUCCCGCAAGACCUGUCCGACAAGAUCUUCAUCGAUUGCUCGACCGUGCACCCGGAUACAUCGCGACAAACCGAGGCCGCCUUCAAUGAGCGGGGAGCGGGGUUCGUCGCGUGUCCGGUCUUCGGGGCACCGAAUAUGGCAGAUGCGGGACAGCUUAUCGUCGUUCCGGCUGGGAAGCGUGCGGCAAUUGAGAAAGUGCGACCGUUUUUCGACGGUGUCGUGUCUAAGAAGACGAUUGAUCUUUCGUCUGGGAGGGGAGGUGAUAUAGAUGUUGGACGGGCGUCGACGCUGAAAUUACUCGGUAACACGUUCAUUCUCAAUACGGUUGGUGUUCUUGCUGAGGCCCUUGUUGCCGCUGAGGCGUCUGGGCUGGGAGUUGAGCCGCUGCAAGAAUGGCUUGGGCUUUUUGCGCCGGGCCCGUUUGCUAAUUAUGCGCAGAGGAUGGUGGGCGGGGAUUAUUGUACCCGGGACGAGCCGCUCUUUGCAGUUGAUCUUGCUAGGAAGGAUCUGAGACAUGCUUAUGGGAUUGCGAAGGAGGGAGGACUGAGGAUGAAAAACGUCGAGGUUAUGGAUGGGCUUCUAGAGGUCGUUAAGGAGGUUAGGGGGGACAAGGGAGAUGUUGCUGCUGUUUACGGGGCGGCUAGAAAGGGAGCUGGGAUGGAAUUCGGGAAUCAAUGA